UUCUGCAAGGUAAAAAGACAAAACAAGUAGUUAGUAAUUCAUUACUGAUUCUAGUUAGUUGUUUAUAAUAUUUUCGGUAUUUUGUUCAUAGUUUUCCUUUUUUUUUUAAUAAGUUUUGCCUUCAAUUACAAUUCCAAGAUACGGGGAAAAAAUUACUGAAAUUAUGAAAAUUAUUUUCUUUGCAUUUUUUUUUUUAACUUAUACGUCAUCAAUAAUUGGUAAUGUAAUGAAGGAUAUAAAUAAUGAUACGGCAAAGUCAAUAAUAUAUGGAUGGGAGCUAUUUUUUCAUAUUCUAAAUACAAAAACAUAUCAUGUGUGUGAUGGUAUAUUGGUUACUUCCCGAAUAUUUGUCACUGAUUCAUGGUGUAUGAAAGAAAAUCUUAAAAAUGAUACGAAUCAACAGAUUUUCGUCAGUAAAAUCUACAAUUUAACAUUUCAAAAGUCUUAUAACGUUAACAGAAGUAAUAUUUAUUACAACAAAAAUUGGAAUCAUAAUCACAAUGAAUCGAGACAGAAUAUUGCAGUAUUAUAUCUCGACCAAUCAGUUGAUGUUUCUAAAGAAGUUAAUAAUCAAACAAAAUACGUUAAGUUAACGGAUAAUAUAAAUGAUAUCGAUCUUUCCAAUUGUUUUGUACUAAAUUAUGAUGGAUAUAAAGUGAAUAUGACUUAUUGCAAUACGUCAUACAAUGAUAAUUUCAAUCAUACGACAAAUAAUUAUUUUCCUUGUCAAGAAAUUGGAAAUAUCGCAGUUGGAACUCCUGUUAUUUGUAAUUCAAAAAUAGAUUCCAAUGAUAGAAUAUUAAUUGGAAUUUUAUCUGGUGAAGAUGGAUUUUAUUCAGAAAAUAAUCAAACGGAUGCUUAAUUAUCUUUGUUCAAAAAAGUUUUCGACUCACAUAAUUCAGUUGAUACGAUCUCGGGAAAAUUUUUUUAUACAAUUAGGGUAGAAGUACCAUUUGUGACCACUGCUACAUUUUUGAACAUUUAAUACUUUAUUCUAAUUCAUUAAAAUGUAUUUUUUAAAAAUCCUAUUGUAACAGUAAUCUUUGAACACAUUUAAAAAAUUGAUUAUAUCAUUGCAUAUUUUAUUUAAAAUUACUAAGUGGCCAAAACUGGCUCUAAAGUGACCAGAAAUGAUUAUUUUACCUUAGAGAUAAUUAUAUCUCGAUUGUGGCAUUCCUGGUUAAAAAAGAGAAUUAAAAAGGAUUGAGCCAUGUAACGGGGCCAUUUAAGAUAGGAUUGGCAGUAUUAAAAAGGAUUAAAAAUAUUGAAAAAUUAAUUCUUUUUAAUGUUUUUUGAUUUCUUUUUAAUCAGGGAUGGUAUAAUUAUGUGUAAUUUAAUAAAACUAUACAUACAAUAAAGAUUGUUAAAAAAAUUAAUAAAAUUACAAAAAAAAUAACGAUAAUUACAAUGCAAUUAUCAUGUAUCUUAAUGAGACCGAAAUGAGUUUAUGAUAACGGUAACUGUUCGUCUUCAUCGAUAAAAAAAAUCGUGGCGUCUUUUGUGCUCAAUUUUAAAAAGUU